GGUUCACACUGGGCUAACAGUAGUUAGCAAGACCUCACUGAAAAGUUUGAUACAAAAUGUACUUUAGCUAGCCAGCCAGCUACCAGAAGAGGGAGACUGUACUGCAAGAAUACAAUACAGACUAUUCGACAGAUGAAUUGGGAAAUCUUAAACAAGUUCAGAUAGCUAGCUAAUGUAAGUUACCUAACGUUAGCUAGCUGCUAGCAAACAACACGGCACAGCCAGCGAACCGAAUCAAGACAAGGGCUUAUGGACACGACGUGGUAACUUCACCGGUACACCUCCCUCACCCACACAUUCUUUGGAAAAGUAAGCAACACCAUUGAGAAAGGUAAGAAUGGAUUUACCGUUAGCUGCCAUGUUAGGCUAGCUAGUUAGCUAGCUAUGCUCACCAAGACAAAAACAACAACAGUUCAACUUAUUCUCUAGUUUGUCUUGCCUCUGGUCUGUACUCAAAAUUAUCAGACAUUGUUUAUUUAGGAUGAUUGCUUUCACGUAACUAUAGUUAAGUCUAUAGAUUUCUUUCAAUGAAUGUUUACAUAUUCAAUGUGCUUUUUGAAUGCAUGUUUUGGGAUAUGGAAUUUCAUGUAAUUUGGAUUCAAUCAAAUCUACCAGUCAUGAAUUUAACAAAAGUCUCAUGAUUAGCCUAUAUUGCUGACCUACUGGUGGUCAGACCUGCUGACCAUGCCAUAGUUACUGUAUGUUGUGCUAUGGCCCACCCUGUCUGUGCCAAGCCCUUUAGAAUGACUCACUCAAAGCACAGCAGCAGAUAUUCUGAGAACCAGCAUGACAGGUUAUUAGCUAGAUGACAAGUCUGAACCAGUAAUUUCCUACAUUUUUUUUUUCUGUACUAGACUUGUUCUAUUGAGUAAAAGCCUAGAAUUGGCAUUAAAGGAAACAUUUGUUUUCUGUUCACAGAGUUGAAGAAAAGGGAAUGUUUUGACAAGUGUGGCACUCAGGUUGGGUUUGCCGAAACGUCAGACUGUUACCAUGUUUACCCCAUGGCUAUUCAGUCUGAAAGAAGUUUGCCUGAAAAAGUCUCUACAAGCCAGAAUGUUGAAUAAAAUGAUAUUUACACUUACUUUACUGGUUGUACAUGCUGUUGGUCCUAAUGGCGGUAGGAAGUGGAUAUAGGGUAUCCACAGGAAAGUGUUGUUUACUCUGCUUUUUGCGGCUCCAGUAGGUUCUGUUGCUGGUAUUUUAAAUCUCCUGACACAUACAUGUGAUGCACAAUAUGUGAACGAUAGCCGAAUGUUACCAAAAGUAGUGGACCUAAGCACAUUUCCUCGCAAUCAGCUGUGAAAUUUGGCACCUGAUUGCAUUGGACAACAUUUGGUCUGUGGUUCGGUUUGGCCCGGCCAUAUCGUGCAAGUGUUUGUCAUGUGCGAAUUGCUUCAGAAUUGAAAAUAAAAACCGAAAAUACAAAAGAUAUACAGACCAUAGGGACAAUAUCGGGUAAAGUAAGUUAAAAUUAAGUUUGUUCAACAUUCUGACUUGUAAUGGGACUGUUCGGGAAUGCUGAGCCUACAUGUUAGAGACGAGAGUGUAAGUAUUUCACUCUCGGAUUCUAAAAGAGGCUAAGGUUGGUUAUGAGACGAGUGUUUGAUUGCUGCACUAGCAGAGACAGUUGAGCUCACUCUCUCUCUCACUCUCUCACCCUCACCCUCUCUCUAAUCCUACAACAAAGAACCCCAAUAACUAGGUCAUGUUCAUUAGGCACCAAAACAGAAGAAAACAGUCUGAAAAAGGGAGGGACUACCAGGACUUGUCCAAUAAGAAUAGCAUUUUUUUUUGUUUCAAAUGUUUUCCUACAGUUUGCCCUAAUAACUCUACCUGGGUUUCCUUUUGAUAUGACCUAGUGAUCCAUUCAGUCAUAUAUAGAGACAUAGAUAGGUCUUUAAAUAUUGUUGCAUAAUUACCCUGUUCCUCACAGCAACAGGAGAGACCAUGUCAGCGACAUCAUGACAGACAGGGAAGAGGCGCUUUAGCACCCUGACCACAAGGCAAGGAGCCAUGGAUGGGUUACUGCAGCUACCUUCCCCUGAGCACCUUGAACAGGUGAAUGGGGAGACUAGGACAGGCCCCCUGCCCCUAUGUAGCCCAAACUCUCCACAGCCCCUGGACACAGUAGCUGAUGAUAUAUGGACUGCAAGGGAGGUGGAGGCAGUGGCCUCUGACUUUGGAGGGUUGACGGACCUGCAGGAGCUGGGGGUUGAGGAGGGUGAGGGCAGUGGGGCGGAGAGGCCGAGGUCCCCCAUCUCGAGGGUAUCAUGGAAUGGGACUGGCAGCCAACAGAAUGGAGAGAAUGGAGAAGGAGGGGAAGAGGAGAGACUAGAGAAGGACAAGACCAGCUACAGCAGACAAGACAGUCCUGCUGCUGCUAACAACUACACAGGUAAAAGAGAGUAAAUGAAAUACAUUGGUUAUAUUUGAAAUAAUACACUAAGUGGAAUGGGUGAAUCAGAUGGGUGUUGUCUCUCUGUGUGUCAGACCUGUCUCACACGUCGUCUCCCUCGCUGUCGGAGCAGCUGCGUCUGGGACGGGAUGAGGCCACGGGCCCUGGUAUCAACGUGGAGUGUAGGAUCUGUGCUGACAAAGCUUCAGGGUUCCACUACGGUGUGCAUGCCUGCGAGGGCUGCAAGGUGAGACAGAUUCUGCAAGUCUACCAAUGGGUCUUAAUCAUCAGAAAACCUAAUGCCUAAUGUUCUUAGGUCUUAAAUCCUGGAGGUUUUGUCAUGGCUACUAACAGCCUCAACCUGAGCUUAGCUUGAGUUUAGUUUGUGUCCUGUUUGGCAGCAUUCCCGCCAUUGAAGUUCGGUAGCCCUUUCCUGCAGUCAAAUGACCUAGUGGCCUCAUGGGUGGAAUGUUAUUCAUAUUUCUCAUAGUUAAAACAUUAUUUUAAAUAACCCGUCGAAAAUCUGGUCUUUCUAUGUCAAACAGAUUUGUUAUAUUUCAGUCUUCUGUGAUGUACAUAAAGUGUAAUGUUGGGAUGCAAACUUAAUAUUGAAUACAUUUAAACUAUAUCUGACAUGGUACAGGUGUCUUCUUUUUUUAAAGACGAUAACCAUGUGUGUGAGGUGUAAACUUUUGUUUCAAAUUAGAUUAAUUGUUUAAUACUACCACUCUGUGUGACCCUGAUUUAGCCCACUGCAGUAAAAUGUUAUUAACCUGCAACUCAAGUUCAAUGGCCACAAUGUGUGACUUGUGUUAAAUCUGACUUCCUUGUAAUGCCUCCAUUUGAAAAUAAACUAAACUCUCUCGCUCUCUCUCUCCUGUGUGUAUCAUGUGGUCUAGGGCUUCUUCCGGCGGACCAUUCGGAUGAAGCUGGAGUAUGAGCGCUGUGAGAGGGCCUGUAAGAUCCUGAAGAAGAACCGUAAUAAGUGCCAAUACUGCCGCUUCCAGAAGUGCCUGGCCCUGGGCAUGUCCCAUGAUGGUGAGAGGAGACCGUUAAUGGGUCUUUUAGGGUCUGGAAAUACUUGAUUAUUUUACAGGUUAAGGGCCAGUUUCCCAGACGCAGAUAAAGCCCUGGACUGAAAAUCAUGUUCAAUGGAGGAUCGUAAUCUGUGUCCUGAAAACUGUCCAUAAGAACUACUGAAAAUGUGUCUCAAUAUUCACAAUAUUCAUUUAUGAAACUCUUGAACCUCAUUUUGGUGGUGCUAUACAGUGCAUUCGGAAAGUACAGCCUUAUUCUAAAAUUGAUAAAAAAUAUAUAUAUCCUCAUUAAUCUACACACAAUACCCCAUAAUGACAAAACAAAGAAAGGUUUUUAGAAAAUUUUGGAAAUGUAUUAAAAAGACCCCCUGAAAUAUGACAUUUACAUAAGUAUUCAGACCCUUUACUCAGUACUUUGUUGAAGCACCUUUUGCAGCUUCAAGUCUUCUUGGGUUUGAUGCUACAAGCUUGGCACACCUGUAUUUGGGGAGUUUCUCCCAUUCUUCUCUGCAGAUCUGCAAGUUUUGUCAGGUUGGAUGGGGAGCGUCAAUGCACAGCUAUUUUCAGGUCUCUCCAGAAAUGUUAGAUCAGGUUCAAGUCUGGGCUCUGGCUGGGCCACUCAAGGACAUUCAGAGACUUGUCCCGAAGCCACUCCUGCAUUGUCUGGGCUGUGUGCUUAGGGUCGUUGUCCUGUUGGAAGGUGAACCUUUGCCCCAGUCUGAGGACCUGAGUGCUCUGGAGCAGGUUUUCAUCAAGGAUUUCUCUGUACUUUGUUCUGUUAAUCUUUCCCUUGAUCCUGACUAGUCUCCCAGUCCCUGCAACUGAAAAACAUCCCCACAGCAUGAUGCUGCCACCACCAUGCUUCACCGUAGGGAUGGUGCCAGGUUUCCUCCAGAUAUGACGCUUGGCAUUCAGGCCAAAUAGUUCAAUCUUGGUUUCAUCAGACCUGAGAAUCUUGUUUCUCAUGGUCUGAGAGUCCUUUAGGUGCCUUUUGGCAAACUCCAAGCGGGCUGUCAUGUGCCUUUUACUGAGGAGUGGCUUCCGUCUGGCCACUCUACCAUAAAGGCCUGAUUGGUGGAGUGCUGCAUAGAUGGUUGUCCUUCUAGAAGGAUAUCCCAUCUCCACAGAGGAACUGAAGCUCUGUCAGAGUGACCAUUGGGUUCUUGGUCACCUCCCUGACCAGGGCCUUUCUCCCCCGAUUGCUCAAUUUGGCCAGGCAGCCAGCUCUAGGAAGAGUCUUGGUGGUUCCAAACUUCUUCCAUUUAAGAAUGAUCGUGACCGCUGUGUUCUUUGGGACCUCCAAUGCUGCAGAAAUGUUUUGGUACCCUUCCUCAGACCUGUGCCUCGACACAAUCCUGUCUCGGAGCUCUACGGACAAUUACUUAGACCUCAUGGCUUGGUUUUUGCUCUGACAUGCACUGCCAACUGUGGGACCUUAUAUAGACAGGUGUGUGCCUUUUCCAAAUCAUGUCCAAUCAAUUGAAUUUACCACGUGGACUCCAAUCAAGUUGUAGAAACAUCUCAAGGAUGACCAAUGGAAACAGGAUGCACCUGAGCUCAAUUUCGAGUCUCAUAGCAAAGGGUCUGAAUACUUAUGUAAAUAAGGUAUUUCUGUUUUUUAUUUUUAAUACAUUUGCUCACAUUUCUAAAAACCUGUUAUCGCUUUGUCAUUAUGGGGUAUUGUAUGUAGAUUGAUGAGGAAAACAAUUAAUUUAAUUUUAGAAUGAGGCUGUAAUGUAACAAAUUGUGGAAAAAGUCAAGAGGUCUGAAUACUUUCCGAAUGCACUGUACAUCCUUCGAUGCUAAUGCUACUCUGUCUACCCAGCGAUCCAAUAUGGCUGUAGGCAUGAUGCUAACAUGUCUGUGUCUGUUUCACCUUCAAUGCUAACGCUACUCUGCCUGUUUGCCUGGCAGCGAUCCGGUAUGGGCGUAUGCCGGGGGCUGAGAAGAAGAAGCUAGUGGCUGGCCUGCUAGCGGAGCAACUGGACCCCCACCACCCUGGUGGCUCAGACCUUAAGACCCUGGCUAAACAGGUGUACCAAGCCUACCUGAAGAACCUCAUUAUGACCAAGAAGAAAGCCCGCAGCAUCCUCACUGGCAAGACCAGCUGCACAACGGUAUGCUCACUGUUAUGUAAAUAUACACUGAGUGUACAAAGCAUUAGGAACACCUGCUCUUUCCAUGACAGACUGACCAGGUGAAUGCUAUGAUCCCUUAUUGAUAUCACCUGUUAAAUCCACUUCAAUCAGUGUAGAUGAGGGGGAGGAGACAGGUUAAAGAAGGAUUUUGAAGCCGUGAGACAAUUGAGACAUGGAUUGUGUAUAUGUGCCAUUCAGAGGGUGAAUGGGCAAGACAAAAUAUUGAAGUGCCUUUGAAUGAGGUAUGGUGGUAGGUGCCAGGCGCACCGGUUUGAGUGUGUCAAGAACUGCAACGCUGCUGGGUUUUUCAUACUGAACAGUUUCCCGUGUGUAUCAAGAAUGGUCCACCACCCAAAGGACAUCAAGCCAACUUGACACAACUGUGGGAAGCAUUGGAGUCAACAUGGGUCGGUAUCCCUGUGGAAUGCUUUCGACACCUUGUAGAGUCCAUGCCCUGGCAUUUUGAUGCGGUUUUGAGGGCAAAAGGGGGUGCAACUCAAUAUGAGGUGUUCCUAAUAUUUUGUACACUCAGUGUAAAUAAUGAAAUGGAAGCACUCAAAUAAAAAGCAAGAGAAUACCCAGAAUUAGACACGAACAUUGAGAAACUGCCACGUCAACAGUUCACUUUACACACUUUACACAGAAUAGUCAGGUCCAAAAUGAUUGAAACCCUUGAUAAAGAUGAGCAAAAAAGACUGUAUACAAUAAAUAAUACAAAUACUGAGCUAUAUUGUAUGCUCCAAAACAUAUGAAAAUUAUAUUGUUUUAUACUAAUACAAUUGCUCAGUAUUUUGUUUAACAAGUAAUAAAAAAGCUGGUGGUCGAAAUUAUUGCCACCCCUGUUUUCAAUACUCCAGCACCCUCCCCUGGCGAGGAUAAGGACACGGAGACUUUUUCUAAAAUGUUUAAUGAGAUUGGAGAACACAUUAGGAGUUAUCUUACACCAUUCCUCCAUACAUAGAAUCUUUCCAGAUCCUUGAUAUCCUUUGUCUGCACUUAUGGACUGCCCUCUUCAAUUCAAACCACAUGUUUUCAAUGGGGUUCAAGUCCAAAGACUGAGAUGGCCAUUGCAAAAUUAUGAUUUUGUGGUUAAGUAACCAUUUCUUUGUGGAUUUUGAUGUGUGCUUGGGGUUACUGUCUUGCUGUAAGAUCCACUUGCGGCCAAGUGUCAGCCUCCUGGCAGAGGCAAACUGGUUUUUGGCAGAAAUGUCCUGGUACUGGGUAAAGUUCAUGAUGCCGUUGACCUUAACAGGAUCCCCAGGACCAGUGGAAGCAAAAUAGCCCCAUAACAUCAAAGAUCCACCACCAUCUUUUACCGUAGGUGUGAGGUACUUUUCUGCGUGUGCUUCUGUUUUUCAACCCACCACUGGUGUGGUGGCCAAAGAGCUCUAUUUUCAUGUCAUCUGACCAUAGCACCGGUUCCAAUCUAAGUGCCAAUGCCAUUUAUCAAACUCCAGGCGGUGCUGUGGUCAGGUGAUAUGAAAAUAGAGCUAUUUGGCCAAAAACCUGGUUGCCUCUGCCAGGAGGCUGACGAUUGGCUGCAAGUGAAUAUUCCAGCAAGACAAUAACCCCAAGCACACAUCAAAAUCCACAAAGAAAUGGUUAACAGACCACAAAAUCAACAUUUUGCAAUGACUAUCUCAGUCCUCGGACUUGAACCCCAUUGAAAAACUGCAGUUUGAAUUGAAGAGGGCAGUCUUUAGGAGCAGACAAAGGAUAUCAAGGAUCUGGAAAGAUUCUGUAUGGAGGAAUGGUCUAAGAUCACUCCCAACAUGUUCUCCAAUCUCAUAAAACAUGUUAGAAAAAGGCUCAGUGUCAUUAUCCUCGCAAGGGUAGGGUGAUGGAGUACUGAAGACGGGUGCCAAUAAUUUUAAUCCUUAUCUUUUUUGGUAUUUGUAUUACUUGUUAAACUAAAUGUAUUUUUCUGAGAAAUUUAUUUAGUAUAAAAUAAUAUAAUUUCCCACAUGUUUGGAGCAUACAAUAUAGCUCAGUAUUUGUAUUAUUUAUUUUAUACAGUCUUUUUUGCUCAUCUUCAUCAAGGGUGUCAAUAAUUCCGGUUAGAAGUUAGAACCCUUAGAAUACACUCUGAGCUUCAUUAGGAGGAAGACGUUUCUGGUUGCACCUAGGUAGGAUACGCCUUCCAAGCUGAACCAAUGAUGUGUAUGUUUAUGGUCAUAACUCACAAUAACCCCUCUGAGCUUGGAUGAGGGGGAAGGCUUUUCUGGUUGCACCAAUGUAGAUGCAUAUUACUAUUAACCUCCUCAUGGAAAGGUUUAGUGGCUGAUUAUUUGUAGAGUUCUGAAGUUUUCAUCUGCCUCUUAUCAAUCUGUUUUUCAUAAUGAGUUUUAACUUGUCAUAGACAAAAAAGCAUUAUAUAAGGAUUUUGUUUAGCUGAAUAGUUUUAAAAGAAAACGAAGACUAGACUGUUAAAAGAUUAAUGCGCUCUCUCGCUCGGCAGCCAUUUGUGAUCCAUGAUGUGGACACCCUGUGGCAAGCAGAGAGUGGUCUAGUGUGGAACCAGUUAGUCCCCGGCGCGCCCCUCACAAAGGAGAUAGGGGUACACGUGUUUUAUCGCUGUCAGUGCACCACGGUGGAGACGGUACGAGAGCUCACUGAGUUCGCCAAGAACAUCCCAGGGUUUGUGGAUCUCUUCCUCAACGACCAGGUAUGGCAUGGACCACGGUCUUCUUCUCAACAGAGCUUAACAACCCUUGGCUUUUCACUUAUUCAUUAUCAACUUAAUUUAUUGUCAAACUCAGUGAAAUGUACUGACAGUAAUGUAGAAAUAUCUGCCAUAGUUAUACGACGAAAACAUAAUGAAUUUUCUUGUGUCAAGUGUUCAAACUGCUGUUAAUGGCACUUUACUUUAUUGUUGAAUUCUAAUUUCUCCCUUAUUUACCUGCCUGCUUCCAUCAGGUGACCCUACUAAAGUAUGGCGUCCACGAGGCCAUCUUCGCCAUGCUGCCCUCCCUCAUGAACAAAGAUGGCCUCCUGGUGGCCAACGGGAAGGGCUUUGUGACCCGGGAGUUCCUGAGGAGCCUCCGUAAACCCUUCAGUGAGAUCAUGGAGCCCAAGUUUGAGUUUGCUGUAAAGUUCAAUGCUCUGGAGCUGGAUGACAGUGACCUGGCUCUGUUUGUGGCCAUUAUCAUCCUGUGUGGAGGUAUGGUAUACUUUUGUACUAGUAGUAUCAUAGUAAUUCUGACACUAUACUGUUCUUCCCUAAUAACCCUGGCCCUAACGUUGUUCAUAGCCGCUAUUAUCCUGUGUGGAGUUGAGGGGAGCUCUUUUUCAAUUCAUCUUUCCCUCAAUUCCUGGUAUCCUCUCUCCUCACCUCUUUCUCAAAACACAUUGGAGAAUAAGAUAUGGUCCAAUAUGGUUGCGAAGGAGGUGAGGAGAUAGGAUGCGAGGAAUCACGGAAAGCUUUUAGUGAGGUUGUGUUGUGAGUUGGCAGCUCUGUCACGUCUGUGGUCUACCCAUCGAACUAUUCACUAUCUAUCUGCAGAUCGCCCGGGGCUAAUGAACGUGAAGCAGGUAGAACAGAGUCAGGACGGUAUUCUCCAGGCCUUGGACCAGCACCUGCAGGCCAACCACCAGGACUCCCUCUACCUCUUCCCCAAGCUGCUGAACAAGAUGGCUGACCUCAGACAGCUGGUCACAGAGAACGCCUUGCUGGUGCAGAAGAUCAAGAAGACAGAGUCGGAGACCUCUCUGCACCCGCUACUACAGGAGAUCUAUAAGGACAUGUACUGA